UCUCUUUCACUCUCUCUCACUCUUCACGCACUCUCUCUCUCUCUUCACACACACUCCCUUUUUGUCACUGCCGCCGAUCGACCCUCUCCCGGCCGACUGCCACCUCCACCAUUUUCACCCUCAACCUCCACCUCACUCAACAAAGCAAUGGAUUCAUCUGUAUUUGUGCCUGUACUGUAUGAUGGCGUUUGGACUUUGGAGGGUUUCAACUGGGUAUUUGAUUCCUCAAAAAGUAAGACAUUGAUAUUGGACGUUGACUGUACACUGAAAAAGUUGCGUGAAGUUUUGCAUGAAGAGUUGGAGGUGGACCCCUUGGUGUAUGAAUUGAAGUUAGAAGUUCUUUACAUGUACAUGAAAGGCACUAAGUUUCCACCUGAGGUUUUAGUGAAAGAUAGUCAACUACGAGUGUUCUUGAGCAUGAAGGCAAAAAUGAGUGUGGACAACUUGUUGCCACUAUUUGUGACAAAGGUGAAGAAGAAUGUGAAUUUGGAGCAGACUCCCCGAAAUGUAACCCCUAGAAGUGUUGUUGGGACCUUUGUCCCAGAAACUGAAAUGGGGGUUGGUUUGGACGAGCAAGUUGGCACUAAUGUAGAUGAUGAGAGAGUGGGUAUCGAAUUUCAUCAUUCAGAUGAGUUCGAUGCUCCCUUUUACAACAAUGAUCCUGUGGUUGAUUUGGGUGUGGAUGAUGAUGUGGCUACAGAUGUACCUCCCCUGAGGAUGGAACUAACUCCAAGCAACCAAGUAGAGCGACAAAGAAGACCCCCCCGUAGUGAGAAUCGCCAAACACCAGGAACUAGUAGCAGUCGGCCAGGUCCUUCUGAUAGUGCUCCUGUAUCUGAAUUUGAAGUUUCUACUAAAUUCAAACCUCUUGUGUGGACAAGGGAAGACAUAGAGGAAAAUAAUGUGUAUACAACAUCUCUUAGUGGUACGCCUUCAGGGGAGAUAUAUCUUGGCAAGUUGUACAAAAACAAGGAAGAAUUGAAGAAUGUAGUUGGUAGAUUAAGGGGGAAGAAGAAGGCACUUUGUGACAUGUUUGAGGUUACUGUGUUUCACAACGAACACACAUGUAACUUGGAUUCUAGACAUUCUGAUCACCGGCAAGCAGCACCGUGGGUCAUUGGUCACAUUAUUAAGAACAAGUACACAUCUGAUGGAUCUAACUACAAAGCAAAAGACAUACAGAGGGAUAUGUUUGAUGAAUAUGGCAUCAAGAUGAGUUAUGAGAAAGCUUGGAGAUGUAGAGAGAAGGCAGUUAUGUACAAGAGGGGUACUCCAGCAGAAUCUUAUACGAAAUUAUAUGGUUACUUCUACAUGCUGGAACGAAGAAUCCGAGCACUAUUACCGACAUUGUCGGCGAGGAUAACUUCGGUUCAAAAGCAUGCCACUGUGCAUGCUUCAAGCAUAUUACUUAUGAAUGUCAAUCACAAGUUUAAGGCUGAUGUAUGCAACAAGCAAAUAUGGCUUGCAGCUUACGCAUGGAACAAGACGGAAUGUGAUAGGCAUUUUGAGGUCUUGAAACAGAUGGACCCUGCCCAUUGCUACAUACGUCGAGCAAAUAGGGUUUGA